CUGUCACCGUUUGUUUUCCACAUUGACGAUAUCGAUGUUCUAAAUUCCGAUAUCGAUGUUCCGAGUCACGAUAUCCGCUGGAUAACGUUGGCUCCGGAAAGACUUGAAUAUUUUUUGCCUAUCAUUGAAAUGCACUUGGAUCCCGAAUAGACGAAGUUCUCAACGUACUUUGAUUAUCAAAGUAUUUUUGUGUCACGCAGCACGCAAUACUUAAUGUCUAUUCCGGGCGUCCUGUCAUUCUAUAAUCUCGAUUAUCGAAAUUAUUGAUGGAUUGCGGUAAACUGCAAUAUUCAAUAUCGGCAGCGUUCCGAAAUUCAUCGUAAAGUUAUAUGCUACUGGUAAACUUAAAAAUCCUCAAUCGCGAUGAGCGAGAAAAACAUUAAUUCCGCUUUAGUGCGGAGAGUUAACAAACUACUGGAGUCCAGGGUGGAGCAUGAUAAGGACACUUUGGAAGCUUUGAAGGAAUUGUCGACAUUUUUUACCGAAAACACAUUAAAUUCCCGUCGAAAUCUACGUAGUAAAAUAGAGAGGAGGAGUCUGGCGAUAAACGAAGAAUUCCUGGCUGCUUUCAAAGAAGUGAAGGCUUCUUUGGAUGAUGUUUAUCAGGAUGUUUUAGCAAUGAAUACAGCUGUGCAAUCUAUGACUAAUCGCUUGCAAGUUACAAAAGCUCAAACAUCGCAACUGAUUGAGCAGACAGCGAAGCUUCAAAAUGAAAGUCAAACAUUAUCCAUGCAACAAGAAGUUGCAAGUGCAUUUAUCAAAAAUUUCCAAUUGACUCCAUCUGAAUUAACUGUUCUACAUGGAUCUGCCAGAGAGUCACCAAUAACAGAAGAAUUUUUCUCUGUAGUUAAUAAAGUGCAGGAUAUUCAUGGUAAAUGUAGAGUGUUGAUGCAGUCUGGUUAUCAAACAUUGGCUCUAGAUAUCAUGCAAAGAAUGACAUUGCUGCAAGAAUCUGCGCUUGAAAGAUUAUAUCGUUGGACACAGACUCAGUGUAAAAACAUAGAAAAUGAGCGUUUGGCGCCAUUACUCAUCAAGGCAAUGAACAAGCUACAAGAUAGACCAGUAUUAUUUAAAUAUAUUUUGGAUGAAUACUGUGCAGCUAGGAGAACUGCCUUGGUAGGAUCCUUUAUAGAUGCACUAACUCUAGGAGAAGGUUUUGGUGGAAUGCCUAAUCCUAUAGAAAUGCAUGCCAAUGAUCCUAAACGAUACGUCGGCGAUAUGCUCGCGUGGCUGCAUCAAGUAAUUCCUGUAGAAAAAGAAAACAUAUUAACUUUAGUGAAAGGCUGUGACAAAACAGAUGUAUCAGAUCAAGUGAAACAGGCAUUAAGUAACAUCACAGAAGGAUUAUGCCAUCCUUUAAAAUCUAGAAUAGAACAUGUUAUAUCUACAGAGGCACCAGCGACAGUAUUAUAUUCGGUCACGACUCUAAUCAGAUUUUAUCGGGCUAUUACUGAACAAGUUAUACCCGAUAGUGUUUUGGAUCAGACACUAUCAGACUUGUUAGUUUCAAGUGAAAAAAGUUUUCUAAGCAGACUGCAAAGAGAAACGAGGAUGGCUCUUGGAGAACGCGCGGAACCUCCUGGAAGUGAUCUAGUUCCUGCUCCGUCAGUUUCCAGGUUGUUAUCACUUCUAAAUGAAAUAUUGUCUGUCGCCAGUAUAGCUGAAGACAGAGAGAAAGAUAUGUUGCAGAUUGUGUCAUGUAUCAUUGAUCCAUUACUUCAAGAAGUUAAUGAAACAGCAUCCAGAUUGCCAACUGUGGAUAUGGCCGUUUAUCUUCUCAAUUGUAUGCAUCAAAUACAAUCCACAUUGGCAUUGUAUGAGUAUAUGGAUCAGAGAUUAGAAAGGUUACAGGCACAAUCAGAUGCGCAAAUCGAUACACUUACGUCGGAGCAAGCUAGUUCGUUGGUAGCGCAUUUAAAUCUUGGCUCAAUUUAUACGAUCUUGCAAGGACGCGAUCAAGGACCACUUUCGUCCAUACCCGGUAUGGAUGCCCUCAGUGUCAAAGAGUUUACCAACAAACUGGAGGCAUUUCUAGUGAUGCCGGAUGUCCUGCUGUUACCACAAAUAAGUUUGCUACAAAGCAACAACCAUCGUACGAUUACCCAGAAACGAUCGUUCGAAGUAAUUGGAGCUAUAUAUAGGCAAUUGUAUGAUGCUUGCCAUGAUCCGAAAAAUUUAUAUCAAAAUCCCAAUGGUCUCUUUUCUAGAACACCCGAGGAUCUUCUUCAAACAUUAAUUUCUCAAUAA